UAUAAAAAAAAAAGAAAAAAAGAAGAUUUCCUUCUAUUUUGUCUUGAAAAUCGUAGAAAGAAAGGGGAAAAAACGAAAGAGAUUAAGAAUUUAAAUCCAAGUUUAUUCGAUUCCCAUGAAUUCAGACUUUGCCUUAACAGUUCCUGCGGAACUAGAAUCAGCUUUGCGGUUGAAGACCGUACAGUACUUUGUAACGCAAAGGCCUUGGCUUGAUCUUUAUGGAAAAAAUGUUAGACCAGUUGCCCCUUAUGGAAGCGUCAGCAGAAGAGCAUAUGUUGAUCCUGCACUUCUCCAUCGUUGCUUGCCCGAUGAGCUGCUUUUUGAGGUCUUUGUACGGAUGACUCCAUAUGAUUUAGGAAGGGCAUCAUGUGUUUGUCGAAAGUGGAGGUACUCAAUUCGUAACCCUGUAUUUUGGCGGAGUGCAUGCUUAAAGGCUUGGCAGCUCUCUGGAGUAGUGGAGAAUUAUAAGAUUCUGCAGUCAAAAUAUGAAGGUUCAUGGAGGAAAAUGUGGCUUUCAAGACCUAGGGUACGAACUGAUGGUCUGUAUGUGAGUAGGAAUACUUAUAUUCGUGCUGGAGUUGCUGAGUGGAAGGUUACAAAUCCAGUUCACAUAGUCUGCUACUUCCGAUAUUUGAGAUUUUUUCCUUCUGGCAGAUUUCUAUACAAGAACUCUUCUCAAAAAAUAAAGGAUGCAGCAAAAUGCAUGAAUUUCCGUGCAUCUAAAACAGACUGUGUGUUUGGUGGCCAUUACACUUUGUCAGAUGACAAGGUUGAAGCUGCUGUCUUGUACCCCGGCAUGCGUCCUACUGUGCUGAGAAUUCGUUUAAGAUUACGAGGAACGAUAGCAGGGGCCAACAAUCGAAUGGAUUUACUUUCACUUGUUACAAGUGGCGUGAACGAAAAUGAAGCCAGUGGUCCUGAAGAAGACAUCCUUGGAGUUGUCGAAGGGUGGCAGGAUGAUGAAACUCACAACCCAGAUGUGCCUGCGGUGUCCCACAAAAGGGGUCUAACGCCAUUUGUCUUUGUCCCAUUCGAAGAGGUGGAAACAUCUGUUUUAAAUCUGCCGGUGGAAAAGAUGGAUUAUUAUGUGCCUGGCUGAGACUCUCAGCAACUGAAUAUUUAAUUCUGUAAAUAUACCAUAUAUCCUCCAAGCAAAUAGUUGGCAUUGAUUGUAUUCCUUUAUUUCAUGAAUACAUCUGUGUUCAUGGGAUUAUAAUUUGUUUUGAGUUCAUGCCAUGGAUCAUAGAUUCAUUAUGCAGGGAUCUGGGUGCCCCCUCUUGUUUGUCUCUGGCAUUUAUCCAUGUUAUGCCAUGUAAUUUAUUCUAAUGUGAUUUGUAAUUGUCGCAAAUUAAACUGUUAUGUUGUAGUGGAGUGCUGCCAUUUGUAAUUUAUACACCAAGUAAUGUUUGUUAUUGAAACGGAAGUUAUUAGCUAUAAGGUAGAUUCAGAUA